AUGCAACCAGCCGAAGGAGCAUUGUUGGAACCUUCUGGAGUCGAUCACCAUAGUUCUGGAAUAGACAAUGUGGUUACAAAUAUGACCAAUAGCACUGCGCGUAUCCAUGCGAUUUAUUGCAAUGACGCUUCGGUGAUAUAUACUCUGAUAAUAGUGAAUAGUCUUUUGGUUUCUACAGGUGUUUUCAAUAACUUCUUGGUUGCCUUAGUUGUUUGGAAAACAAAACGGAUGCAAAACUCUACCAAUUUGCUGCUAGCAAAUAACGCCAUUGCAGAGGUGUUCUACUUAAUAGCUUCUGGAUCAGAUUUAAUCAUGCUAGUAUUAUUUCAAACUAACGUUUUCAACGUGUCGCAUGUUGUCAAUAUAAUAAAAAUGAGAGGACCGCUUAGUAUGCUAAUCAUUGCGCCAUAUUUGGUAGCAGCCACGAGCUUGGCGUUGCUCUCAAUUGAACGUUACAACGCGUUGUGUAAUCCCAUGAAAAUACAGCGAAGAUUAGGAAAGCGUAGUACGAAGUUUUGUAUGUUAACAAUGUGGUUGGUGGCGAUAAUUCUAGUCCUCCCGGUUACUGUAAACCUCAUACUCCGCCACGGAUAUAUCAUGGACAUCAAUAUCGUCAUCUAUUAUUGUGUUAUGUGUGCAAGCCUUACUACUAUUCUUGGCUGUAUUAUCGUCAACUGCUAUGGAAGAAUUAUAUACCAGAUUCACAUUUCAAAAACUAUCUUCAAUCAAACUUGCAAUGCUACGAUAUCAGAAGACAUGAAAGCGAAGAAAAAUGUCGUUAAAAUGUUAUUUUCAAUAACAUUGACAUUUUGUAUCGCAAAAUUGCCAGUGGCGACAUUUGGAGCUAUCAUGUUGUUUAUUGAGCCUAGACAUAUUAACAGUCAGAUGCAUUGCUUGAUAUUUUUUAUAGAAACCUUAGGACAUGUGUCUGCUUUCCUAAACCCUAUUAUAUACUUGGUGUUUAAUUCAAACUAUCGUGGAGGAGCGCUUAGAUUGUUGAAAUGUUCUGUCCACAACAGAGUGGCUAGAAGACAGGGAAGCAACACCGGCAGCUUGGAUACUUAA